UCAAGUUUGGCAACGCAUGAACCAAUCCGUUUUCUUCCUUUUGUCAGCUUUUUGCUGUUCUCAAAUAAUACGGACAUAAUUAUCCAUCGUUAUUUACUUCAUCUUUAGAAGUAUACGUUUUAUACGAGAAAUAAUUUAAUAAAGGAACAUGGCAGAAAAGGGAGACGAAUUAAUCAAGAAGAAGAGGACCUUCAGGAAAUUCACCUACAGAGGUGUCGAUUUAGACCAAUUGCUGGAUAUGCCCAAUGAGCAACUUAUGGAAUUAAUGCACGCUCGUGCCAGAAGGCGAUUCAGCAGAGGUUUAAAACGUAAACCGAUGGCCUUGGUUAAGAAGUUGCGUAAGGCUAAAAAAGAGGCUCCCCCGAAUGAGAAACCGGAAAUCGUCAAAACUCAUUUGCGUAAUAUGAUCAUUGUCCCUGAGAUGGUUGGUUCAAUUGUUGGCGUGUACAAUGGAAAAACUUUUAAUCAGGUUGAAAUUAAACCCGAAAUGAUUGGACAUUAUCUAGGUGAAUUUUCGCUUACAUAUAAACCAGUUAAACAUGGUAGACCUGGUAUUGGUGCGACACACAGUUCACGUUUCAUUCCUCUCAAAUAAGAUUUAAAUUACUUUUUAUGUAUUAAUAAAGUUGUUUGAGGGAU